GGGCACAUGUGCCUCCUCUGGGCAACAAUACAAGGACAUGAAGCACCAGCAACGUGGUACUGUGCGACCCCGCAAAGCCCCGCCCACACCCCAAUGGCGUCAUCAAAGUGCGCAGUGUGUCAACAUAAACACGAUCCAGCAUGGAAGAAGCUGCAGGAUUGACUUUGUUCUUGUGUCUGAUCGGCCGUUUGGUGAAUCAGUUUAUAUCGACCGAGAUCAGACUGAUCAGGAAAAGGAGAUCCAGGAUUAGAGACUUAAUUAAAAACACACACCACAGGUUAAGACACCAGAGACGAAGACAAAGACAGAUCCAGCUUUAUGACCAGUUUCGGCGCAGACCACCUUCCGUUUGGGUCUGUCGUAGAGCGAACGACUGGUGGACUGUCGCCGUUCCCAACUUUACACACGAGCAGUGGAGGCAGAAUUUCCGAAUGUCCGAAGACACGUUCCUGUACCUCUGCCACAGGUUGCGAACGACGAUGGAGAAGCGGGACACCAACUUUCGCCUGUGCGUGCCUAUAAAAAAGCGGGUAGCCAUUGCUUUAUGGAAGCUGACAACCAACAGCGAGUUAAGACUGGUUGCCCAUUUGUUCGGCGUCGGCGUUACUACUGUGUGGCGAUGCAUUCGGGAAUUCUGCACGGCUGUUAACGAAGUCCUGCUGCCGGAGCUGAUCCCAUUCCCAAAUACUGAUAAGCUUAUGGAAAUGGCCAUGACCUUCGAGCAGAGGUACGGACUUCCACAGUGUGUCGGGGUCGUCGCCGGAUCACAUAUCCCCAACGUCCCUAUGGAGUACCAUGCAGAGUAUUUUAACCACAUGGGCUGGCAUUCAAUCAUUCUGCAAGGAGUCGUGGAUGGAAGCGGGCUCUUCUGGCAUGUAUUUGCAGGAAGUCCGGGAAGUAUGCAUGACGCUACGGUUCUGCAUGUGUCAGGAUUGUGGGAUCUUAUAGGACAAGGGCUGUUUCCAAACGAUACGAGGACUAUUGCCGGUCACGAUGUUGGCUACUACCUCUUGGGAAAUGCCGCGUUCCCGUUGCAGAGCUGGCUCAUGAAGCCGUUCUCAGACACCGGGCAGUUGACUGCAGAACAGAGGGCGUUUAAUCGGAAAAUCUGGCGAGCGAGUUGUGUGGCUGAGCAGGCGUUCGGUCGGCUGAAGGGAAGAUGGAGAUGUCUUCUCAAACGCAACGACAGUCACAUAGACCUUGUGAAAACAAUGGUGCUCACCUGUUGUGUCCUCCACAACUUAUGCGAGACACACGGUGAGCCGUACAGUGAAGAAUGGGAUCCUCCUGCUGCAGGAGAGCAGAUUUUGGUGGCGGUGCCACCAGAAGAGGACGCUGAAGGUGCGGCUGUGGGGGUGCGAGACGCCCUCGUGGAUUAUUUAAGCACAGACAGUUGUGUUUCACUGUUGCUCGAGUAAAACGUACAUUGUAAUUGCAAACGUUUGAAGACACCUGGUCAUAAAUAUGGUACACUUUAUGGACAAAAGUAUUGGGACACGUGUUAAACUGUUAUUGCUAAGAAGAAGGUAUACAAUUGUACAGGAUGCAGUAGCGUGAAACUUUGUUCUAUUUUCGUUUGUAUAGAACAUCAUAAAUAAACCUCUGUAGCAG